AUGAAGACCCCGAUAAGCUGGCUGGCAGCAGUGGGCCUGCUGCUCUGUGCGGCUGGAGUUAGCAUGGAGCAUCUCAAAGCUGAGAACCUGAACGUCAUUCCCCCGGAUCAGCAUAACUUGGUCCUGAACCCUGGAAUGAAAGGUAGGAUAGACUUUCACUUUCAGUUUUAAUCUUCUUGUACAUCUUCUUCAUGUUCUUUUACAAAAGCUAAUUAACUUGUGCAGAAUCUACCAAACUAUUCGUAUGGUACACCUCAAAACAGCCCUUCAACUGAGUGAUGCUCUGCCACCUUGAAUUCAGUUUGUUGUCAUGGGUGAGAGUCAGAUUCCAGAAACAUUUGCAAAUUGACCCGUAAUUGUUUUUUUUUCUUUCCUAAUUUUUGGAUUGCAGUUCGAUAAUCGGGCAGAUACACAUCUUGUAUAAUAGUUGAUGAAAGUUUAACAAUGUUUGCCUGGAAACAUUGAGAAACAGUCUCGUGAAAACUAUCACAGCAUUUUCAGGGAUAAAGCAAGUAAGAACGUCAGGGCCUUCAGAAGUCUGUACCCUUGUAGGGUUGAGUUAUAGUUGUAGCCGGUUAUGUAUCUGCCCAAUUAUCUAACUAUAAUGCAAAAAAAAAAAAAAGAAGAAAACAGUCGUAGCAACCUCCCCCUUUCCCCCCAUUUUCAUAAGAAAAAGAAGAACAGAGAGAAUUUGAUUUUUUGGUGUCUGUCGAUAAAGAUUUCUGUGUCAAAUGAAAUCUGAUUUAAUGAUUUUCAAUCCACUGAUCUGACUGUGAUGUUAACCUCCUUCACAGUGCUUCCCAGAGACUGCUAUGAAAUGCUCAUGACAUCUUCAGGAAAGGCCAGAGAUGGCGUGUACCUGAUCAAACCAGGCGACUCUCCUAUUGUGGCCUACUGUGCCAUGCAGGAGGGGGGCUGGACUGUGGUGCAGCAUAUCACUGUCAACAGCAGCGUGAAUUUCGAUCGAACCUGGGCUGAGUACAAGCAGGGUUUUGGGGAUGUUACCGGUGAUCACUGGCUCGGGAAUGAAUAUCUGCAUCAGCUCACUCGUGGCCCUGGCCGCUAUAAACUGGGAGUGAAACUAGUGGACCAAGAUGCCAUUACUAAGAUGGGAGAGUAUGACCCUGUCCUAGUGGAAGAUGAAUCAUCAGGGUACAGGCUGAGGCUGGGGUUGUUUCAGGGCACAACUGUAGACGCACUGACCCUGGAUACUGAGAACUACCUGCAUGACAACCAAAAAUUCACCACUAAAGACAAAGACAAUGAUAACUACUUCCAAAAUUGUGCCAAGUUGGAGUUUCAGGGUGUCCCAGGAGGCGGUUGGUGGUAUGACGCCUGUGCUGGUGCCAACCUCAAUCGCAGGAAUGUCAUUUACUGGCAGAAGGACUGCAACAAGGAGCGACUAUGUAAAUAUGCAUGGAUGAUGGUGAGACCUUCAGACACAGUAAAACUGGUCUACAGUGGAGACUGCAAGAAGGAUGAGCUCUAA